GAUCUCGCUGCUCUCAUGGUGCCACAUUGCGAAACAGCCACAGACGUGAGCCAGCUUUUGCAUGCGCUCGGAGAGCGGGUCCGGCGUUCCAACGAAUCUGUCGGACCCGUCACUGCCGACACUCAACACACAGCUACUCUGCUUCGAAACUUGGGGCAGGUUCGGCAACAGAAUGAGCCGGCCUCCAACCACAUGGACAACAAGACAAUCAGCGUUCAUCAACUGGACACUGCCGUGGUGCAAGCUGGGUUUGAGCGUGCCUUGCUGCAGGAGCACGGCUACACACUCGGAGUGGUCAGAUACCGCAAGGCAGCAUCUUCCGCUUUGGGAUCUGGUAGCACACCUGGGGAAGCUAAGCGCAUUGUGAAACGUCAUUUUCCUCACAUUCGAAGGCCCCGUCGUGAAACAGAUGUUUGUGAGCAUUGUCGUCAUUUGAACAAGAAGCUGUACCCUGCUGCCAAAAAGGCCAUGUCCAAACAUCGUGGUGCUCUGGAGGCACUACUUCCGAGCUAUUUCCAUGCUUUUGACAACAAUCCUCAGAUAGCGAGGAAUCAACAGACUCGGGAGAGUGGGGAUGACUUGGCUCGCUUCGUCCGUUACAUAAACUGCCGCAACGCAAGAGCCUCCAACGAUGAGGAUAGAGCUCCAUUGAGCGGAAUGACCCGGUUGUCCUUGCAUCAAGCCGAAGCUCGCGCAGUUCACAAACUCAAGCCUCAUGUUGACAUUGUGAAGGCGUACGAGUGGCACCAGAUCACAGCCAGGCGUCAAGGAGCUUAUCUACAAUCUCUGCGUGAUGGUCAGCUACCGUCCACUGCUUGCCUCAUUCAAACGGACUUCAAAGAGAACGUCAAGUUCCCGCUGGGCCCUUCUGAAACUUCUGAGGAGUGGCACGCACAGGGAAAGAUGUCCUUAUCUGUGUUUGGAGCACAUGUUUUGGCCCCGCGACGUGGCACUGGCAACCCAUGCCACAUUGAACUCUUUGUUGUGUUGGUCUCCGAGGUGCUAGACCACGACGCACAGGUUUCCACCAUGUACACCAACACUGUCCUUGCAGCUGUGCAGAACCACCCAGACGUGGAAUGGUCUCGGCUGACAAACAUCAUCUUCGCGGCCGAUUGUGGCCCACACUUUCGUUCCAAAGAGAACGUGGCGCACUACUGCGUUACUCUCCCGAAACUGCUUGAAAAGCCUGUUGAAGUGUGCUGGCUCGGAGAGCAGCAUGGCAAGUCUGGGGUGGACCGAUGUUUCGGAUGGUGCAACAUGUGGAUAGGUGAGCACAUCCAGCGUCAUGUCAUUCAUUCGAUUGACCACCUGUUGGAUGCGUUUCGCCAAGGCUCCACUCGUAUGCAAACGGAGGAUCCUGAAGGUGCACGCUUCAUCGUACAGAAGUUCGAUCCUGGCACACACCGUCCAUCUGAACGCAGUUUCUUCAAAAGCUCUGGCUUCAAAGUCACUCGGACGUAUUCUUUGGUUGGUUCCCCGUCCAGGUUCACAGACGUCGGCGUCAGCAUUCGGAACAAACAUUUUUCGGACAUGCCAGGGCCUGGUGACCUGAUGAACUUUGAGAUUGAGACCAAAACAGGGCAGUCCCAAGAGUG